AGCCAUUGCCAUACCUAAUCGAAUAUGACGAAACCGCAACUCGUUUUUUUGAGAGAUCACGUCGUUGCGUUGCAUGGUCUGGUUGCUACCGCAUGUCCUUCGUUCGGAGUGCAGUAAUACAGUCGACCUCAACCGCCCCGACCGCGAGGCCCGGAGCGGAUGUAGCGUCACACACUCUCUCGCCGACGCCUGCAGCCAGUAGUGCCACAGCCUCGCCAGAACGUCAGGGCCCCUGCUUUCCAAGCACAACGUCGACCCUUAUUCCGCGCGCUUUGGGAAGAUGGAGCGACAAAUCAAGAACAACCUGCACUGGUCGAGAACGCACUUGGUUCGCUGCGGCACUAUCCUGCGCCCCGCUGGUGGAGACGGUCCGCACAGCGGUUGGAAAUUUUUGCGUCGCCGAGAUGCAGCAGCGUGCGAAGGGCGUUUUUUCCUCGACGCGUCUUCAUUCCUUCGCACUGCCGCUGGAAAUUCCUCCGCUACCCUCCGCGGGCCGGGUGGCGGUGCCACCUUUGUCGCUUCCGAUCGCAUGGCGCGGACGCCGUGUGCGCCCCUGGGCCGGACCGCUCAGCGAUCAUCCCUCCGGAUUCAAAUUCCGCCUUCGCCGCCGGACAAAAAGGUGUGGCUCGCUUGUCGCCGCCUCCGUGUUUGCCUGGACAAUUGUGGAGAUUCGAAAUCGAUACAGAGAUCGCUGCCUUCUCGAGAAAACCCUGGCGCACCGCCGGGAGCAGCAGAGGCGCGUGUUGGAAGAAGGCAAGAACCGGCAACUCCAGCGCAAGAACCUACUUGCAGCAACUACUAUUUCGGACGCAGAUUCAGAUAAAAUGAGGAACAUCGAUCAUUCAGAAAUAAGUCCUGUCGUCGGCGAAAGGAACAGUCAUGUACUGAAAAUAGCGCGGCCCAUCGUCUUCGUGCCUGGAUACAAAGGGUCCACGCUGCGCUCGACAAAGAGCGCACUCUCCGUGGGCUGGGGCACGGUGCCCUCGGUUUUCAAAGGGUUACUGCACCCAAAGCGCAACCUGCAGCUCGCUUGUGAGGCCGACUCCUGGGACCCAGAAACGCACACGCUCGCGACCGACGAGUUCAAACCCUCGGGGCUGGUGAAGGCCUACCGACUUUUCGGGUUCCUCACGCUGCACCCGGGCCACACCCUCAUGCAGCAGUUUUUGCGCAGGGUGGCCGAGGAGGAGAACCGAGUGUACUACGAGUUUGUGUACGACUGGCGACGUCCCGCACUGGAGAUCGCGGAGCAGCUCCGACGAUUCGUGGACCAGGUAACGCGUGAGCACGAGGGCAACAGGCCGGAAGUGGUCGCGCACAGCUUCGGCGCAUUGCUAGUGUUGCGCUUGCUGCAUGACGCCCGUUGUGAGAUCAUCGAAGAUCAUUGUUGCGCGGAGGACACCAAAACUGUUGCUCAUAGCGACGAAGACAAGCCACCGAAUGGCGCAGCAGGAUCUUCAUCUCCGAAUAUUAGAGUGACGCCCAUUACUCCACCUAACACACCGUACGCCAGUGUGAAGUGGUCUGGCUCGCUGGGGGCAAAACACGACAACAAUCCCACGCUCGUCGCAAUGGAUUGCUUCGUGCAAAAUUAUGGUCGAGAGGAGGCUCCUGCUGCAGUGAGUAGCAGUACAUCAACCAAAGAGCUGUCCAUCACCGGGGAAUCAUCGACUCCGAAGCGGGCCGGUGCUGCGGUGGAACAACCAGUGUCGGCGGUACUAAGCGUGCACUCUGCCGUACUCGUGGGACCGCCGGUACGCCUCACACCGUACUUUUUGAUGGACAUGCUCUACGGCGACCCCGACUUUCUUCUCGACGGCGCGACCCACUUCACCUUUCCCAGCGUGUACACCUUUUUCCCCGACAACUAUUACAAUGCCGAGGGGCGUUGGGUUAGUCGUCUCGGAGUGGACAGAACGAAUUUUAAUAGUGUGUCUGAGGCGGGCGCGGGGAAGGUCGAGGAAAACGUAAACGUAAACGAGAGCGGCUUCUUAUCAAGUCUUGAGAGAACAAGUAGACAUGCUGCGGACACUGCUUCACGAGGUGCAUGCGGCGAGGAAGCGAAAAGUGAUUAUCAGCAUCCUGUUUCGUGUCGUGCCAGUGAAUUUCAGCACAAGGUGGAAGAAAAGAUACUUUCGCCGAUGAAGCGCGCAAAUGGUAAAAAUGUUGAAUCCGACGGGAAAAAAACAACAGCUCCCGAGGACGACAGUGACAUCGCCCACGACACCGUGCACCAACAGCGGACCCAAACCCUUUAUGAUCGCUUAAUCCGGGUGGGCGAAGCGUCUGGUUGCCCUGGCCUUUCGCGCUUUCUGCACGAGACACGGUCGGCUGCCUGGCUUGGCUGCUUGUCCUCGGGUAUCACUGCGUUUUACGACUUCGGAAAAAUAUGGCGGAAGGCUGACUAUAGAAAGCCUGGCGAUAUUUAUCAGCGAGACCAAGAGCGACAAAAACAGGUUGCUGCCGUCGAAGAUAAUGUUCGCCCCCAGUCGUUAACAGGGAGUGCCACUGGCAGCACGUAUUGCGGAACAUCCCGAAGUAAAGCCCGCCAAGUCACGAAUGCUAGUACCGGGAACAGUUACCACGCAAAUCUGCAGUCUGGCAUGCCGGGCGUUGUAGCGGAAGAGGAUGACCGCAUCUGCCUUGACUUCCACGAGAAGGACCUCUGGCUCAACAUAUCAAAGAAAACGCAUAGUGCCCCACGACCAGAAGAGCGGUCUCUACUAUACGCAAACUUUCUACACGAAAACUUUUUGUAUCGCAUGAAGGGAAACAUCAUGCGAGCUUCCUUUGGGAAAAACUUCUGCAAUACGGAGGAAACACUUCUUCCACGCGCUCGGGGGUGGGCACUUUUCCAUAUGAUGCAACACGCUUGCUGUUCCGAGGCGGCUGUCCGACCCGGCCGCGGAGGAGCACUUGCGGCAUUGUCUAGCGCUCGCGCGGGCCUUUUGGCAAGGGUUUUGCAUCGCAGGCGAAGAUAUCAAUUGCAAAUAUGUCUGGGUCUGGAAAAAUGCAAGUUUGUCAUGCUUGUCUGGCAUGACUCAUAAAUCUGUAAUGCAUGAACAGGAAAAGGGCCUCUUGCCUGUCAUGCAAACACGCAGUUUGCCAUGCGGAUAAGGAAACACAGGAGCAGCUGAAAAAUUUGUCAUGCUUAGCUGCGUAUUGCAGUCCGCCCACUAGUCAGAUUUUAGCAUCACAAGUUUCCAGACCCAGACAUAUUUGCAUUUGAUAGAAGAUUCAGAAACCUCGACAAACACUUCGACUCCAUUGGCCUCUGAUGUCCCUGUGGCCUUUAUCGUGGGGACAGGCCACGCCACCGGGGAGACCCUGGUGUUGCUCCAAAGCGAUAGAAAUUCUAGUUGUACAGCUUUUAGCAAAGCUGUUGACCACGACAGCUCAGGAACUACAUCUUGGUCUUCUGACUUUGAAGACAUUAUCGACACAAGUGCCACAACAUGCUGGAGUACUGUUGCUUUAGAUGUUGAAAAGUCGUCGUAUAAUAACACGAGCGGGACCUGCUCCGACGAUCGUGGCCACAACUUUUGGUUGUACGGCAGCCCUGCUCUGGUCCCAGGCGACGGUCGGUUACCAGCAAACAGGAUCCUACCUCAGUUCCGGCCUGAAGAAUCCAAUACAGAUAGAAGCUUUAUUACUGCUAGUUGUGCUCGGAGAAAUUUAUUACGUACGCUUGAAAGCUCACCUGUGUACGAAACGCGAAACACUCACAGCACUAUGCUGAAUGACCUUGAAGUUCUGAAUGAAGCGAUGAUGCACGUAGGCAUGUGACCUGCCGAGAUGACAACUUUCACGACUCCCGAUUGUAUAGCCUUACCUGAGUCCCCCGUAAUUGUAGGUUUCUGUUUUUUCGACAUCAAAUUGAAUGAAUCAAUCUCCCAUGUGACAUAAACCCAGGCCGUGGACUACCAUUCAUAGUGUAGCCGUGCUGCUUUGACUUUGGUUCCUUACUUUCGUGUAUUAGAACAACCGAUGUAGUUACGAGUUUCUAAUAGUAGAUCCGUAUCUCUUGACGUUUACUUGAAACAGAACAACGCAGAUAUUCGACGUAUUUUGAUUUAGCGAUUCAGCUACUGUCUAGAACGAGGGACUAGCAGAACUAGGUCAUGAAAUGAAUCUCGCCCGUGUAGCAUUCUCGAU